AUGUCCAGUGAUUCGGAGGCAAGCGAUGUAUCGGAUAUGAACGAAAGUAACGAAGUCAGCAAAGAUUCUGAAGAUGACUGGGGAGUUGUGGACUCCGAAAUUUUGCCCUACCAAGAUGAACCGCUAGCGGCUGAAGACGAAGCACUUGAUGUCGACGACUCCGAGGAAGAAAGAGACGUUGACGGUCUUACUCCCUCGACUUUAGCAGAAAGAUAUGAACAAACAGUUUGUUUGGAAUCUUGGUAAGUGAAUUCAUUCAGCUCCAACUCCCAUUUUAUCCCGAAAGAUCGCCAACCAAUCGUACAAGUCUGGGUCAAAGAAAAAGAAAAACAAGCUUACCGUGGCCGUUCAACUUGAUUUUGUUUGACAGGUGUCGCCGUCAACAUUGCAGAACAGAAUUAUUAGUUGGAUCGAUAGAAUUUCGCUGUUGCCGAGACGUAACCAGCACGUCAGGGAAAAUGGUUUUUGAUGGCUCCAUUGAGAAAAUAAGCUGUAUAACACAACACGAGGAUUAUGACGCCAUAACUAACCGAGCAGUUCUUGUUCAAGCGGCGCCUUUACUGAGGACCAAGGAUGGGAGGACGUAUCGCCGUCGUGGAGGAGUGUCCGAAAACGAGUGAGUCAAUACCCGCCACAAAUGAUUUAUGUACUUUCUGUGACAAUCAACCUGAAUCAUUAACGCAUUUGUUCUAUCACUGCUCACGCUCUAAACAGUUUUGGAUUGAAUUUGAACUAUAUUGGUGCCUUAUUUCGAAUCAACGAAUUCGUCUCUGCUUGGAAAAUGUGCUCUUUGGAAUUUUGACGGAAAAUGCUUGCCCUUUACUUCAAUUGCUGAACUAUUUUAUAAUUAUUGGAAAACUCUAUUUGUGGGACUGCAGGAACAAACAAAUCCUUCCAAACAUUUGUGGAUUUAAAGCCAAGAUCAUCGCUAAAUAUGAAACAGAAGAAAAAAUCAGCAACAAAGAAUUCUUUAAAAGAAAGUGGAUACUGACGCCUUAUUUAAGUUAACUGUAUUACCUCCGUAUUAUUUCAUUGCCCUGUUGUACUUUUUUUACAAUUUCUUUUAGCCCUGUAACACCUCCUGUAAUAAUUUGACAAUUUUUUUUUUGUGUGUGUGUGUGUGUGUUUUGUAAAUGUAAUUAUUUAAUGUGAUUAUCAAUAAACAUUAAAAAAAAAAAAAAAAAAAAAAAAUACCCGCCAUUUUGUCUAUGGAACAUCUCACAAAUUUCUUUCUUAGGUCCAUCACAUCUUGUAUCAAACGAGCAAUAUUAUAAGAGGGAUCUCUAACAAUGUGAUUCUAUUGAUCUGUUUUAGGCUUAUUCGUUCUGUUGCCUACAGAUGGACUAUACGAUGGCUGUGUGGCUUCUUAGGUUGGGACAACAGCAGGCCAUUGCCAGCCUGUGUUUACCACAGCAUAAGAACAAAAUAUCCUCCGCGACAGUCCACUGCAUAUUCCACUUCCAAGGACAGAGAAACUUGA